GGUCAAGUAAAGAUGCGUUAAAACGUGAAGAUUUAAACAACACACACUCGAUAUAUUCAAGAUAAAUUGAGUAUAAACAUUUAAAGUUAUCUGUGGAUGUAAGGGAUGUUUUAACAGUAUGUUGUUGCUGUUUUUAUUUGUUUGUCGUGAUUGUUGUCAAGGAGCGGCAGAUUCAAACAGACGCUGAUUCUGAUUCAUUUAGCACUUUAAACGUUUAAAACUCACUUUUAAAAUUCAUUUAGCUGCAAGAUUUCAUCAAAGACGGAUGAACUGACAUAUCAGACGUGUGUACGAUCACAGAACACUAACGACACGUUGACCUCAUGCCCUCUGAAUCACCUGCCACCCGGCCGCGCCAAGGCACCCGGGCCAAACGUAAGGACAGCCAUCACCCUGUUUCCACCCCUCGGGCGUCUCACCCAGAAUCCGUGACCCCAUCUGCACAACAUUCACAAGAGGAGAUUAACAGGCUCAGAGACGUGAUCGAUCGGUUACAGGGUGACAGACGGGUCAGUGAGAGAGAGACAGGUGAUGAGUUUACUCUCACCGCUGAGCUGAGGUGGAAGAUUAACCAGCUGGAGAACGAGAAACUGGAUUUCACUUCCAAACACAACAAAGAGGUGUCGCAUUAUGAGGCUCAGGUUGCUAGGUUACGGGCGCAGGUGGAGCGUGGCGAGGCGCAGCGGCAGACGCUGGAGUAUGAUGUCGCUGUGGCGAGGAGGGAUGCUGCAGCUGAGAGGAGAAACGCAGAAGAGAAGAUCACAGACCUGAGAAAACACAAUCACAGGCUGGAUGUCCUCAGCUCAGAGCUGCGUCAGAGAGUGUCAGACCUACAGAGAUCAUUGGAGAUAACACAGCAGGCGCGUGAGGAAGACCAGCAGGGCCUCCAGGCGGAGCUGCACGAGAGGGACCGUCUGCUGCUGAGUGUAAACACUGAGAAUGACCAACUACAGACGGAGAAGAACCGACUAGAGACCUUGAUACAGGAACAUAAUGGCACUCUGCAUGAGCUGAAAGGAGAAAUGGAGAGAAUGAAAAGAGACAGAGAGAGAGAUGCUGAAAAACUGAAGAGCAAAUCAAUAGAACUCAACUGCAGCACAGAGAGAGAGGAGAAACUACGAACUGAACUAGAGUCAGUUCUACAGAAAGUGAAGGUUCUGGAGCAGACUGUAGAGUCGGAGCGAGCUGCUCACCUGGAGUCUAAAUUCAACUCUGAGAUCAUCCAGUUGAGGAUGAGGGAUCUAGAAGGCGCUCUCGGUGUGGAGAAGAGCAGUCACGCGGAGGUCACGUCCACUCUGGAGCUCCUAAAGCAGAAGUUUGGGGAGGUGGAGAGAGCGUACGCUCAUGAGAGAGACAAAUCACAGGACAUGAGCCAGAAACUCACACAACUGGAGAAGGACUUCUUGAACAUGAAGAGUGAUCUGAUUGGUCAGCUGGAUCGAGAGAAGGGAGUGUCCGCGGAUCUGAUUGGUCAGUUAGAGCAAGAGAAGGCGGAGUCAGUCAAGCUGUCUAUCAAACUGCAGGAGCAGGACCGAGUGUGUGCAGAGAGACAACAGGAACUGAACCAGGUGCAGAAGUCCCUUGUGUUUGUGCAGGAGUCACAUGACAGUCUGUUGUGUGACAUUGAGCAGCUGUUACAGCAGUAUCACCAGCAGGGGGCGCCAUACACACAUAAAACAGGUGAGGUAGAUAAACACAACUCAUCUGCUCUAAUGGACAUCCUGAGAAGAACACUACACAACUACAACACACAGAUGCAGGAGUCUUUGCUGGUGCUGCAGAAGUUGAAUCAUGAGAUGAAAGUAAAAGAUGAACAGAUCUCUGAAUUACAGAGGAAAAUACAGGAGUGUGACACACAUGGUCUGUGUGUAAAUGAAGAAGUGAAGCGUUUCCGUGAGUGUGCUGCAGACGCUUCAGCCGACGCAGACAGAGCUCAGAGAGAUCUGCGCAGACUCACACACCUCCUGCAGGAGGAGAAAACACAACACACACACACACAAACACAGAUAAACACACUCCAACAACAACACAACAGAGACUGCCAGGAGAAGUUGUCGUUUCUACACACGUUGUAUCAGCGUUUGGUCGCCGGGUGUGUGCUGGUGACGCCACCGCACAGCAUCCUGGGUAGCUUCUCUUGGGCGGAGCUUAGUGAAAUGGUACAGGAGCACGUGGACGCACUGACCUCUGACCUCACCGCGACCAGUCAGAAAGUGUCAUGUUUGGAGAACGUGUGUGAGGGGAAAUCAGCCGCGGUGGAAAGUGUGAGCGCUCAACUGAAACAAUGUGAAGAGACGUGGAUCAAACAGAGAGAAGAACUGAACACACACCACGCACACAUCAACAACAAACUACAACAGAGAAUACAGGAUCUCAGAAGGCAGCUUGAUGAGGCCGAGGGGCGUGUCCACUCUCUGGAGCGCGCUCAGUCUGAGCAGGUACAGGAAGUGACACGUCUGCAGGGGUUAGUGAGCAUGUGCGGGCGCGAGGAGGCGUGUCUAUUAGCAGCAUGCGGCGUUUUAGCGGGAUGCAUGCGAGCUCUGCGCAGACAGGUGUGUGUGCUGGCGUGGCAGAAGGCCGUGCUGCAGGAGCGCGUGUGUGAUGGCGAGAUCCUGCGCACGGAUGUCAGCACGCUACUGCACGCGCUCAGUGACCCUGGAGUCAAAGGUCAGGAGGUCAGAGGUCAGUCCGUGCGCGUGUUUCGCCGGUGUGUUAUCGCCGUGCUGGCGGCGGGUCGUUUCCGCAUGCUGGGCCGGAGCUCCGAGGUGCUGUUCAGGGUUGCCGUGGGUUACGGGCAGCAGCCGGAUGUGUGUGUGAGUGAUGUGAAGGUGAGAGAGGAAGAGGAGGAUGAAGACAGAGUGAUGAAGAUGCUGAACUCAUCAGAGCUGCUCGUGCUCGUACACACCUGCAUGGAGGAAGUACAAGACCAGCUGAACACAACAGAAUGUGUGAAGGACAGCACUCGUCUACGAUCUGCGGCUCAGAGCGCAAGUAGGAAGUUGUUUGAGCGGCUGCUGUCAGAUGUGGACUUUCAGUGCAGUGGUUAUUAUGGGAAGAGCUCGUUGGCACGGCGACUGGCUCACGGCCUCCACAGACUCACAGCUGAGCAACACAGUAAACACAGACACUGGAACAGUAAGGUGAUGGUGGCGUCUCUUCAGAAACACAUUCUGGAGUUCACGCAGCGGCUGCAUUCAGCUGAAGUGGAGCGGAGAAACCUGCGACUGGAGCUGUCACGCAUGAAACGCACAAACACACACACCAGCACAGACACACACACUGCGUGUGUUCCCGUGCAGCAGUUCGAGGCCAUGUGUAGUGAGCUCAGUAGUGCACUAGAGAGGGAGCAGCGCGCUCAGUGUCUGCUGUAUGAUCAGGCUGCACAUCUGAAGCAGCUCGGACUCAGUAUGGAGCUGAACACGGGAGAACAGCUGGAGAAAGACCGAACACUUGCACACGCUGUACAGAGUUUGUCUGAAGCUAAACUGCAGUUGAAGAGGAAGAAUCAGUGUCUGAGGUCACUGGAGAAACAGCUCAGCCAAUCACAGCAGGAGAAACAACAGCUACAGCAACACAUCAAAAGCACAGAGAACGCACUGCGCACGGCAACAAAGAAUAAAGAGUCUCUGAUGAGCUACUUGAAAUCUGUGGAGGAACAUUUCAAAAAGAUGAAAGAUGACAUCAUCAUAUCCAGAAGCGUGUCAUCACAUGACGCUCAGCUGUCCAAAAUGCCCCGCCUCCCAUCAGACUCACAGAGGAUCAUGGGAAAUACAGAGACUGUUGCAUGUCAGAGUCUGGUGUGUAGUUUCCUGGAUGUGUAUCAGCUGGCGUGCAGUAAAAUCUCGUCUCAGGAGCGCGAGAUCUCGUCAUAUCAGACUCACAUUACAGCACUGAAGAGUGAACUACACGACGCCUGUCUGAGAGAACAACACACGUAUACACCGUUGUUCAGGUCUCUUGAAGAAGAGGUGGAUUGUGGGACGUGUGAACUGAAAGGUUUCUCCACAAACACACUCAUGGGCCACACACUGACACUCAAAGAGAAAAAACAUGAAGGAACCAAAAUGCCACUGUCAGAGACAUGAUGAACUGGCUGCUACACUUUUAAUGUGUUUUUUAUUUUUAAUAUUCGAUUUCUCAUUGUGUUCUCAUUCAGCAGAUGAUCUGUAUCAGUGAUGCUCAUAAUUAGUGUUAUUAAAAACACUAGUAAUGAUGAAAUGGCUGUACUGUUCUCUCUUACACGAACACACACUCGUACACAUGCACACAACACUGACAGCACACACAAACAGAAUUGUAGGCGGUGUAUUACAGGGUACCCGCAGGUCUUUAAAAAGUCUUAAAUGGUACAACGAAAGUCUUCAUUAUCAUUUAAAGAGGUCUUAAAUUUAGGGACAGAAAAUGGGAAACGUAAUAUGGCUGAAUGUAAUUAUUAAACUGCUGUGAUUUAAUUCAAUAAAUCUAUAGUCUGUAUGCGCUGCAUGCUUUAAAGUGAAGACGUGGCACUGUUGCACAUUCUCCAAGCACGCAGAGAGCUCAUGAUACAGUGUUUCCUGCGGUUCAAAAUCAAUUAUUUACUGCUUAUUUUUGUUUUACGACAGUGUUUAUUUUACAGCAUAUAUGUAUUUAGUAAUAAGUUGUAAAUGAUUUUUAAGAGUGCAUGUUUUAUUUCCUUAUCUGUUUGUGUGAGCAACUGGGAGUACAGACAUUUCAAAAUAAGAGUCCCCGGUGUAUUUUCAGCUUUUUUAUAGUUAAAAGUCCUGCGUUAUGCACCUUUUUUUUUAUUUCCUCCCCUUUUCUACCCAAUUUGGAAUUCCCAAUGCGCUCUAAGUCCUCAUGGUGGUGUAGUGUACUCGCCUCAAUCCGGGUGGCGGAGGAUGAAUCUCAGUUGCCUCUGCGUCUGAGACCGUCAAUCCGCAUCUUAUCAUGUGGCUCGUUGAGCACGUUACCGUGGAGACGUAGCGCGUGUGGAGGCUUCACGCUAUUCUCAGCGGCAUCCAUGCACAACUCACCACACGCCCCACCGAGAGCGAGAACCACAUUAUAGCGACCACGAGGAAGUUACCCCAUGUGACUCUACCCUCCCUAGCAACCGGGCCAAUUUGGUUGCUUAGGAGACCCGGCUGGAGUCACUCAGCACACCCUGGAUUUGAACUCAUGACUCCAGGGGUGGUAGCCAGUGUCAGUACUCGCUGAGCUACCCAGACCCCCAUUAUGUACCAAAUCUUUUUUUGGGGGGGUUAUUAUUGGAAAUUUGGUUUCUUGUUGCCUCUGCGUCUGUACCAUCACAGUAAGAAAAUUCUAAGAACAUUUUUAACAUGUUCAAUAUAUACGUUUUUAAAACUAUCGGCCGAUUUAUCUGUUAUCGCCUUUCUUCCAACACAUCUCGAGCUCUAAAAUAAUUUUAAUAUGAUCAAGUAUGGACAUACUGUACUGAAUUUGAUUUUAAAACCUGUGCAGCAUCCCUGUAUUAAGUGUGUUUAUAGUGAUGAAGAGAAUUCAUCUCUUGCACAUUCACACUUAUCCAUUUUUGUAUGAAAUCUCCCGUUUCUUUUCAUCAUUGCUGUCUGAAGUAUGCGGUUAUGAAGGAUGUUUUCAAAAGACUCCACUCAAAAAAAUCUGGAGUUGUAAUUACUUUAACCCCCACCCCCCCACACACCUAUUGGCUACACACAAUGCUUGGUGCCUUUAAUUAGAAAUUCUCAAGUAAAGUAAAUGUAAGUAAUGUAGCAAUGAAUUAAGCCAUGCUUUUAAAAGUGUACUAGAAUUUUAAUUUAUUUAACAUACCUUGUCAUUUACCACAUGACACGUUUAAUGCCUGCUAUACAGUCUAUUAGACAACAUCACCUUUCUUUAGUGAUGGGCGCUUCUGAAAUACGCUUCGAAACCUUUACGAAUCAUGUGUUUAGAACCAAUGCUUCGGAGCAUGGCUCAAACUGGCCAAAUCACGUGAUUUCAGCAAGCGAGACUUCGUUACAUCACACUGAUUCGAAACUAGGGGGCGUUGAUCCCACAGCGAAACCCUGAAUCACAGUUAAAUGCAGGCUGUAACUGACCUCAAGUCAGUUCAGCAGUAAAGAUCCAUAAAACAAGAAGUUACCAAAUGUAGCAACAGAUUAACUGGAAAAUAAAGAUUAACUUUAUGUGGCAACCCUGACUGAAUUUGAACACUUUUCGAUGCAAAACUAACGAUGAAAUAUUAUUUUUGAAUUGUACCUAGAAGGUGCCUUUAUAAAGAGCAAUAGCAAAGAGAAUUUCUUUUUUCAUAUGUAAGCAAAAUAGACAUUGUGAGAUUCUGUGGAAUCAAAAGUAUUUAUUCAGUUGUUGUAUUAUUAAAAAUAUGUGAGCAUGUUGAGAUUUAAGUACAUAUUAUUUAUCAUUCAUGUUGCCAGAGAGAAAAUAAACCAGGUGUAAACUGAACGCUUGCUUCUGAGUGGUUUAACCCUUUAAGCUCUGAAUGUGUUUUUAAAGAUUUCCUGUUUCAGUGGCAUACCCAAAAUUAAUGGGUCAAGUGUUUGGUAUCAUCGUAAAGAAGACUUUUAAAACAUUUUAAUGAUAUCAAUUAUGAUACAUUCUGAGACUCUCAGCCUGAAAAAUCACACAAAAAAUUAACCCCAAAAUGUACUGUAUUUCUUAUUUUUAAUAUUUAACUUUAUAUAUCUCUGUGUGUAAAUAAGGUGGCUCCAAAAACUGCUUUUGUUUUGUUCCCAAUCAUGUCAACUGUAUCUGUGAAAAUGUUGUGUUGAUACGAUAAAGCAAUCAAAAGUUAUAGCAUUACAAAAAUAAUUUAUCAUAGUGUCCAAAAACAUCUCCAAACAAAUAAAACAUAAUAAUUGCACAUAAGAACUAAUUACACAUGCAAACACAACAAUGACUAAAGGUUUGUAUAGCAUGCAGACAUGAUUUUAGUCAUGAGAUUUCACAGAAUGAGUUUCAUUCUGUGUCAUUUGAGUCAUCAUUGAGUCUGUGUCAUGUAUUUGGCGCCAUCUCCUGGUGGUCACAUGUAACAUUGUGCUUCAUGUGGAUUAUCUAAUGAUCUAUACAUCUAAUUAUCUUGUGUGUGGACUCUUUAGAAAGAUAAUCACCUCCUCUAAGAAAUGCUAUGUGAUAUUUUAUUUUCCAUUUCUUUUUUGUGAAGUUAUAAGUGAAACCGUGGCUUAUAGGCAACACCAUCAUAAUUGUCAAAGACAUAUACUUAACUAUUACUCGCUAUAUUUGUGUCUGUGAGUAAAACAAAUAGGCUGGUUGUAUUCUACUCUUUGAGAGCUUUCCAACAACAUAUGACACAUGACUAUUUGAUCAGUUUGAUGUUUUUACUGAUCGCAAUAAUAUGUACUGUGCAAUUGUU